UCUCCAGUCCAGCGUGUGGCGCUAAAACACAUUCGUGUGUUUGUCAAACACCAUCAAGCCUCAGAGGAAGAAGAUUCGUUUCACCGCGCUCUCUGUUGUUGUAAUGUGGUGCUGGUUUAAUACAAACUGUUAGAAAUUGAAUUUAUGUAAACAGAAAAAUACAGUUUUUGAAUCAGGUCAGUAAAUACAUGUAAUAUUCUCAUCAUCAUAGUCGUGUCUAAGUGUUGAAGCAAAUAGAAAUACAUCGGGAAGAAUAUCAGCUGAAGAUGGUGUUUGUUGAAGAGGAGAUUGAGGAGAACACGAGUGAAAUAAAAGAAGAGGAACCAGAAACCUGGAAAAUAAAAGAAGAGGAACCAGAAACUUGGAAAAUUAAAGAAGAGGAACCAGAAACCUGGAAAAUAAAAGAAGAGGAACCAGAAACCUGGAAAAUAAAAGAAGAGGAACCAGAAACCUGGAGAAUAAAACACGAGGAAACAGAAACCUGGAAAAUAAAACAAGAGGAACAAGGAGAGUUUAUUGAAGAAAGUGAGGAGAACAAAAAAUGGAGUGAGGUUGAGGAUAAAAAUCAUGUCAAAACUGGAGAAAAACCUUUGAGUUGCUCUCAAACCAAACAGAAAGAUCUAAAGAAAAGAAGAGCCAAGAAUACUUUCAUAUGCACUCAGUGUGGAAAGAGUUUGACAAGCAAAUAUAAUCUUGAUUUUCACAUGAGAAUCCACACUGGAGAUAAACCUUAUAAGUGUUCACACUGUGACAAGAGAUUCAAUUACUCAGGAUGCUUGAAAACACAUGAGAGGUUCCACACUGGAGAGAAACCGUACACAUGCAAUCACUGUGGAAAGAAUUUUGUAUGUAAAGGAAACCUUAAAGAGCUUAUGAGAUCUCAUACUGGAGAGAAACCGUACACUUGUGAUCAGUGCGAGAAGUGUUUCACACGCUUAUCACAUCUUAAGGAUCACUUGAACAUCCAAGCUGGAGAGAAACUGUGCUCAUUUGAUCAAUUUUUUCAAGUUUGA